AUGCCUUCGUUCCUCCGAUGGUCGGAUUCAGCCAUCACCUAUGACCGCUCCGAUCACCCGGAGUACGUCCCGCAUCUGGGGAGGUGCCCACUCAUCAUCGACCCGAUUGUCGGCACAAAGCUCCUUACCAAGGUGUUGAUGGAUGGGGGCAGUGGCCUCAACAUCAUGUACUCUGAGAUCCUGGACGCCAAGGGGCUCGACCGGACGUGCAUCUGGCCAAGUGGCACACCGUUCCAUGGCAUCGUGCUAGGAAAACAAGCGGUGUCGAUCGGGCAGAUCGACCUGCGUGUCACUUUCGGGGAUUGCUCCAACUUUAGAACAGAGACGCUAACCUUUGAAGUGGUGGAUUUCGACAGGGCGUAUCACACGAUCUUGGGGCGGCCAUGUUAUGCAAAGUUCAUGGCCAUCCCCAACUACACCUACAUCAAGCUCAAGAUGCCAGGACCUCGGGGCAUCAUCACCGUCAGCACCUCUUUCCAGCAUGCGUACCUAUGCGAUGUGGGAAAUUGCGAGUGCGCGGCGACAGUGGUGGUGUCCGGGGAGCUAGCCUACAUCCGGCGCGAUGUCGUGUAG